AUGUUCCCCACAACGCCCCAAGACUUCGGCAAUUCACUCUUCCUCGAAGACUACAUCCGCGUCACUCCACCAGUCACCGCCCUGUCUGCGCCUCUGUGCGCCGUGUGCCACUCCCUAGCCACCCCGCGCCGAUGCAGUACCUGCAAAUCGCUCUGUUACUGCAGCUCUGUAUGUCAAACACGCAACUGGAGUUUGCACAAACGUUUCUGCAAACCCUUUUCCAGCAGCGCGAGUGACGACAAGAGGCCAGAAAAGUCGUACCGCCGCGCGUUGUACUUGCCAAAGACGAGCGGCAAGCCAAAGUUCGUGUGGCUGAAGUACGGCGACGAUGGAAGGCGGCUCGAUAUCGCGAGAUGCUUUCCCGAACUGCAGGGAAUGGAGGAGAUCCAGAUCUCGUACGACAGCAACGUUUCAGGCCGCACACUUGGAGAGAAUACGUGCGUCUCGCAGCUUCUCAGUCCAUCGCCCUCAAACCCAAGCGGUAUGCAUGGUAUCAAGAAGAGCUCAGUAUGGCGCGGUCCACUCGUACUAGCUUACAGUGCAGAGGAGGGACUUAGCAAACCGGCGUUUGAUAUCGAUCCCAGCGUGCUUGGACCGGUGGUGGAUUAUCUUAGGCUGAGGAGCGAGUAUGAGGGACUGGCGUUUGUUGAGCAGCCGCAGGAGUGGUAUAGUGAGGAGUGGAAGAAGCUUUUGGGCGGAGCGAGAGAGUAA